UCCCCGCCAACCCAUCAUCGAACAAGGUAAGAAUCACAUAUUUCCACUACUUUACAAAAACGAACCAUCCAAAAGUUACUAGCUUCUUGGUUGUCCUUGUGGAGCCCGUGGUUGACCGGUGUCAGUUGUAUUGGUGUCUUCUGAAGUGAAGUGGACCUAGUGCAGAGCCAGGAGUGACCUCUGGAUGAUGAUCUGGUGAGGCUUCACUAUGGACCUGUACACUGCAGCUCUGUGCUUCGGGGCCAUCCUCUGCACUGUGAGCGCUUCAGAUGUAGAGGGUUACAGCAAAACUGAAGGUGCUUGGAUCCUGUCACUGCAUAAAAGACUGUACUCUGUAAACACAGUGGCCGAAUGUGCCGCUAAAUGUGAUGCUGAGACUUCCUUCACAUGCAAAUCUUUUAUAUACGUGGAGAAGGACCAGGAGUGUUGGACCGCUGCGGCCAACUCCAAAACAGAAAUGGUCCUGAGAAGAAGCAGUACUGCAUAUUUUGAGAAAAAGGAAUACCUUCUUGAGUGUGUAAAUGGAAUAGGGACAGACUACAGAGGGACCAAGGCCACUACAAAAUCAGGAAAGAUCUGCCAGCGAUGGGAGGCCAAGACGCCUCACGUUCCAAAUAUCACACCCCAGAGCCACCCUCGGGCCGACCUGAUCUCAAACCACUGCAGGAACCCAGACGCAGACAGCGGGGGGCCCUGGUGCUACACCACAGACCUCGCCACACGAUGGGAGCACUGCAAUGUGCCCUACUGCACAGAGGAGUGCAUCCACUGCAGUGGUGAGAACUACAGAGGGAAGGUCUCCACCACAGAGAACGGCUUCAGCUGUCAGCGCUGGGACACCCAGAAACCACACAACCAUGGCUACAUCCCCAGCGCUCUCCCAGAUAAGUAUCUAGAGGAGAACUACUGCAGGAACCCAGACGGAGACCCUCGACCCUGGUGCUUCACCACUAGCUCCACCAAACGCUGGGACUUCUGCUCCAUCCCACGCUGUGCCUCGGAGCCCCCAACCAUCGUACCGGAGCUCACAUGUGCUUCAGGUGAGGGCAUUGCCUACAGAGGAACCGUCGCAGUCACAGAGUCUGGAAAAACCUGCCAGAGUUGGUCCUCCCAAACGCCACACAAGCACAACCGUACCCCUGACAACUAUCCCUGCAAAGGCCUUGACAACAACUAUUGUCGUAACCCAGACAACGAGAGACAGCCCUGGUGCUACACCACUGACCCCGAAACUCGCUGGGAGUACUGCAGUGUGCCCAAGUGCAGUAAUGCCUCUGGGCCCUCAGAUGAGGCGGUGAUCCCCCCUGACGAGGAGGACUGUUAUGAGGGUGAUGGCAGCUCGUAUCGAGGUGUCACCUCCGAGACCAUCAGUGGAAAGAAGUGUCAGGCCUGGAGCUCCAUGAGUCCACACGUCCACCAAAAGACCCCUCAGACAUUCCCCAACGCGGAUUUGAAAAGGAACCUGUGCAGGAACCCAGAUGGAGACCGGGCUCCCUGGUGUUACACCAUGGACCCUAGUGUCCGCUGGGAGUAUUGCAACUUGGACAAAUGCUCCAGCAACAGUUCGCCCAAACCGCCCAAACCACCCAGACCCUCUGUGACCCCACAGACACCUAUGGGCCCCGAAAAAGGUACAAGUCUCAAAACUCUCCUCACAUUCAUGAUCCUGUACUAGACUAGUCAUUCUGUCCCUGUGCGUCUCUUAGACUGUAAGAUUGGAAAUGGAGGCACAUAUCGGGGUCCCACAUCGAUGACUGCGGCUGGAGUGACCUGUCAGGCCUGGAGCGCUCAGAGCCCUCAUCAACACAACAGCUUCACCCCAGAGACACACCCCACCAAAGGGCUGGAUGGCAACAGUUGCAGAAACCCUGACAAUGAUGUGAAUGGUCCCUGGUGCUACACAACAGACCGCACAAAAAAAUGGGACUACUGCGAGAUCCCAGACUGUGCUGGUAUGAACUGUGGGACCCCAGUGGUCAAACCCAAGCGGUGUUUUGGCCGUAUUGUGGGCGGCUGUGCCUCUAAACCUCACUCCUGGCCCUGGCAGAUCAGCCUCCGCACCAGGUUUGGGGUCCAUUUCUGUGGCGGGACUCUGAUUCAUCCUCAGUGGGUGCUAACCGCUACUCACUGCCUGGAGAGAUCAAAGCGUCCUUCAGAAUAUAAGGUGCUGUUGGGAAUCCACACGGAGAGAGCUGCAGAGCCAUACAAACAGGAGCGCAGGGUGGAGAAGUUGGUCCUGGAGCCUGGAGGUGCGGACAUCGCCCUGCUCAAACUGGAGAGUCCUGUAAUAAUAAAUGACAAAGUCAUUCCUGCCUGCCUGCCUGAAAAGGACUACAUUGUCCCAAGUCGAACAGAGUGUUAUGUAACUGGAUGGGGUGAGACUCAAGGCACUGGAAGUGAGGGUGUACUAAAGGAGGCUGGCUUCCCUGUGAUUGAGAAUAAGAUCUGUAAUCGUCCAUCGUACCUGAACGGGCGCGUCAAAGACCAUGAGAUGUGUGCAGGAAAUAUAGAGGGAGGCACAGACAGCUGCCAGGGAGACAGUGGAGGUCCGCUGGUCUGUUACGCUCAGAACAAGUAUGUGGUGCAGGGUGUGACCUCGUGGGGCCUGGGCUGUGCCAACCCAAUGAAACCUGGAGUCUACGCGCGAGUGUCCAAGUUUGUAGACUGGAUAGAUAGAACCAUCAGGACUAAUUAAAACAGCUGGCACGUUACUUUUAGAAUAAAUGUCAUCUUAACACAGA